ACAACAGAAUAGGAAAAAAGACGACAGUUUUGGCUGUUAGAUUUGAUAGAAGCUGAGUUGGUCUAUUGACUGAGCAGUGCCGGCUAAAGCUUUCCGUCUAUAUAUAUAUAUAUUAAGUGUCAUACGCGUUGAACAGUCAAUUGAACCAACCCAAAAACGACAAAAAAAAACCGUACUUUCCUGGUAUGAGGCCUCGCGUUCUUUGCAUCUCUUUCUCUCAAUUGGAAUACCAUAGAGGUUUCAAGGUCCUUACAGUGAAAGUCUCGAAAAGUUUCAUUCAAGGGUCUUCAAUUUGGAUUGUUUAAUCAACUGGGUGUUUAUAAGCUAGUUGAGAUGAGUUUAUGGUUCGUUUCAAUGGAGGUGACAGAAGGAGGAGUUCUGAUUGAGCUUAUCUUUGGCUCUUGAUUUUGAAGGAAAUACCAGAUUGAUAGGAUACUUUUGGAUUGUUUUAUUUCAUAUUACAGCAACAUGGGUUGCAUUUCUUCUAAGGAUAGUAGGCCAAUCAGCCCAAAAGAGAGGCUAUCACGUAAAGGAUCAUUAGAUAGGCGUGUUGCUCAUGUUAAUUCAUCGAGACGAGAUGACCCAAUUCGAUCAAAGUCGAAAUCAGAUAGUGGAGAUGUGAAGGUUAUGCUACUUAACAAGAAAAUCAGUGGUUCGAAUAGGUUGUAUGAUGAUCAGAUAGAGAAAAAUAAAAUAGAGAAUCAGAUCGAGGAAAAGAAGGUAGAGAAUUGUGAAUUUGCUGUUAUAAGUCAUCCUCAGAUUGAGAAAAAAAAUACAGAGAAGUGUGAUGUUUCAGUUUGUAGUCAUCCAGGUUGGGGAAGGGUGCCAAAGUGUUUGGAAGCAGAGCAGGUUGCGGCAGGAUGGCCAUCUUGGCUUGCCUCAGCAGCAGGAGAAGCUAUCAAGGGAUGGGUCCCACGCCGUGCUAAUACAUUUGAGAAGUUGGGCAAAAUUGGCCAAGGAACCUACAGUAAUGUUUACAAGGCCCGUGAUGUCACUCAUAAUAAAAUUGUUGCAAUUAAAAAGGUUAGGUUUAAUAAUAGUGAUCCAGAAAGUGUCAAAUUUAUGGCCCGGGAAAUUCAUAUUUUGCGCAUAUUGGAUCAUCCCAAUAUAAUAAAAUUGGAAGGCUUGAUAACAUGUCAGACAUCUUCCAGUUUGUACCUUGUCUUUGAAUACAUGGAACAUGAUCUGACUGGACUCGCUUCACUUCCUGGAAUCAAGUUCACAGAACCACAGAUAAAAUGCUUCAUGCAACAACUUUUAAGUGGACUUGAUCACUGCCAUAGUCGUGGUGUUCUGCAUCGUGACAUAAAGGGUUCAAAUCUUCUUAUUGACGACAAUGGCAUCUUAAAAAUUGCGGAUUUUGGGUUAGCAAGUUUCUUUGAUCCUAAAAGUAAUGCUCAAUUGACAAGCCGUGUGGUGACCCUUUGGUAUAGAGCUCCAGAACUUUUGCUUGGAGCAUCUCACUAUGGAGUUGCUGUAGACUUGUGGAGCACUGGUUGCAUACUUGGCGAAUUGUACACUGGGAAACCUAUAUUGCCUGGAAGAACUGAGGUCGAGCAAUUGCAUAAGGUUUUUAAGCUUUGCGGUUCACCCCCUGAGGAUUAUUGGAAAAAAUUGGAGCUACCUCAUUCAUCUGUAAUGAAGCCUCAACGACCAUAUAAAAGAUGUGUUGCAGAUACAUUUAAAGACACACCCGCCCCUGCAGUUGGACUUAUGGAGACCUUGCUUUCCAUGGAUCCAGCAAAUCGUGGGACUGCAGCUUUUGCUCUCAAGGACAAGUUCUUCAGAUCAAAACCAUAUGCUUGUGAUCCUUCAAGUUUGCCCAAAUAUCCUCCCAGCAAAGAGAUUGAUGCUAAAUUGCGAGACGAAGAAUCUAGAAGGCAAGGAGUGAUUGGGGCCCAGAGAAAUGGACCACUGGGAUCUGGGGCUGCUCUAGCAUCUAAUGCCAAUCCCAAUUUAUCAAUAUUGAUGCAGGAAAGGCGACUUUCAAAUGCAAAUAGUAGAGGUGAAAUGUUCAACUCUCACAGGCAGCAGACUGUUUCUGGUUUUCUGUUUGAUCCCUCUGAACUAAAUGAAGCUGCUAAAGAAUGCAGAAGAGGUUUCAGGGAGAAUCAACGUAAGAAAGUCUCACAUUCUGGGCCAUUGGUCCAGGGGACAGGCUGGACAAAGUUUGGAAAGGAUCUUGAUAACCCUCAUGUGGUAUCAACCAGAACCAACCUAUCAACAGUAUCUGGUUUACUAGCACCUAAAACUUCAUUUCCCGAUGAUCAGCAGGGAAGACCUGGUACGUCACGGUCAGCAGUGGUAAAACAGUUAGGUGGGUUUCAGGGAUCAUCAAAUGGAUUAGAGCCCACAAUAAAGAAGAGUAAAAAAUGUCAAGUGCGUAGGCCUGCAGAUUCUCCUGAGGCAGAAGGUCUAAAAUCCAGAGAAGCUAGUCUGUAUGAUCGCGGGCCUAGAGGAAGCAAGAUUUAUGUCUCUGGACCAUUACUUGUUCCAUCAAACAAUGUAGAACAAAUGCUCAAAGACCAUGAUCGUAAGAUUCAAGAAUACGCUCGUCGACGACUGGACAAGACAAAAAAUGGGAAAAUGAAUGUCGAAGGAAAGCAAUCAACUGAGAAUUUGACAUACAUGUCUAAGCAUUUAGGCGGAUAAAUGGGAAAUGAAAAAUCAUCUCCAUAUUGACGGUAGAGGAAGGAACUGGCUAGAUCAUUGGGAUAGCAAAUGACCUCAUGGCUGAGAGUACAUAGGAUGUCUUUAUUCAUAAAAGGAACUCUUUAAUAAUUUUUUGUAGCAUAUAUUGUAUCACAAAACAAAUGCCUUUGUAAUAGAUAUUUCUUGAAUUUAUACACAAAAUUAGAUA